AUGAAGCUUUUUAACGUAUAUGGUUAUGCUACAGUUCUAUUACUUAUCACAACAUCAACUGCAACAACGACAUCAACAAAUGAUGGGAAAAAAGAGACGAAGAUGGUAGUCCAGUUAUGUGAUGUGAAUCUGACAUGGACAACCGGUUGUUGGAAAGAAAAAUGCAACAAUUAUUGUCAUUUCUGGAGGAAGAAAUACUCAUGGGGAACAUGUUCGGAUGCUCAAACGUGCAAGUGUCAAUGGAUUUGUUCAUAA